AUGGAACCAACACAAAUAAGCGAUGCCGAAAAAGUACGUAUUGUAUCGGAUUUCAUUUUACACGCACCACCGGGCGAAUUCAAUGAAGUAUUCAAUGAUGUUCGUGAAUUGCUAAAAAAUGAUGCACUCUUGAAAGAAGGUGCUAGCCACGCCUUUGCCCAAUACAACAAAGAUCAAUUGACACCUGUACGCAUAGAGGGCAGUGAACAUAAUGCAGUCAUUUCGGAACACAAUGAUUUGGGUGGUGGCCGUUUUUAUGAUCCUCGCACUAAACAGUCAUUUAAAUAUGAUCACUUAAGAAAGGAGGCUAGUGAUUAUCAGGAAUUGGAAGCCGACUCCCCAGCCGAGCCAUGGAGAGCUGCAUUAGACAUUGAAACAUUGGCAUACACUGCCAGCCAUUAUAGACAUGGUGUGUGUUCAGUAUUCGGCAAAACCCAUGCCGGUCAAAUUACCUUGACAAUUUGCAUUGAAGAUCAUCAAUUUCAGCCGAAAAAUUACUGGAACGGUAGAUGGCGUUCACAAUGGAGUAUUACAUUUCAACCGGGUACAGGCAAUGCCGAAUUGCGCGGUGUUUUGAAAGUGCAAGUCCAUUACUAUGAAGAUGGUAAUGUUCAGUUGGUAUCAUCUAAAGAAUGCCGUGAAUCUGUUGCGGUAACUAAUGAACAACAAAUGGCCAAGGAGAUUAUACGACUUAUUGAAGAAGCCGAAAAUGAAUAUCAAUUGGCAAUUUCUGAAAAUUAUCAAACAAUGUCCGAUACAACGUUUAAGGCAAUGAGGCGUCAAUUGCCAAUAACAAGAACUAAAAUCGAUUGGACCAAAAUAGUUUCGUAUAGCAUUGGUAAAGAACUGAAAACGCAAUAAGGACAGCAAAUGGCGGAAGCUGAAUUGCAGCCGCAUUAUACUAUACUUUCACAAUCAACAACAGCAACAAUAAAAGCAACAGCAGCAUCCACAGCAACAUUGUCAUCAUCAACACCAACAAUAGUUCUAGUAAAGAGGCCAACCAGUCUUCCUCUGGGAAAG